CAGAUGCUUGUUUUGGUCGGCUUGCCCGGCUGUGGUAAGACCGCUUUCGCCAGGAGACUUGCAUCGCACGCGCCGUCGUGGGAGCGCAUCAACCAGGACGAGAUGGGCUCGCGGUCGCUGUGCGAGCAACACGCGGCAAAGUGCCUGAAGGAGGGAAAGAAUGUUGUCAUCGACCGAUGCAACUUUGACGAGGACCAGCGUAAGAUCUGGGUCAAGAUAGCCGAGGACGCAUUUGCGCCCGUCGACGCACUGUUCUUUGAUGUCGACGUGAAAGUGUGCAAGGAGCGGGUGAAGGCGCGGAACGGGCACCCGACC